GAUGGAUCAGCGCGGUCGGUGCGCACCAGGAGAGACUCCAAGGCGCGCAGCAGCAAGGCUGAUGAAUGCUGUACGGAGAUAGCGUUGGAAGGUUUGAUUACACGUUAAAACUGACGUGAGGUGUAAACAGAAAGCUGUGGAUUUAGCGAGAGGUAAAGAUACAAGAAAGCAAACAGUGUCUACAGGAGCGCUCAUGGAGACGCACCACAAGUCUUGCUCUUAAAACUGUGUCAUGAAGCAGUAGCAGAGGGGCACAGACCUCUAAUAGAAAAAGUUUACCUAAAGGAGAGAAAGGAAAAAAAAAACAGAAAUCAUGAACUUUUCAGAUCCCGUUUGGCUCUUGGAUGAGACUUGGAACCUCAGCAAACCAGAGAAAGGGGACAAAGAGAAACUUUUAUUCGGGAUCGGCAUGGAUAAUUUCAUCACGCUGGUGAUUUUCGGGCUCAUCUUUACGCUCGGCGUGCUGGGCAAUUCCAUGGUGAUCACCGUGCUGGCUCGGAGCAAACCAGGGAAACCACGGAGCAUCACCAACAUAUUCAUCCUCAACCUGAGUAUAGCAGACCUCUCCUACCUGCUUUUCUGCAUCCCUUUCCAGUCCACUAUCUACAUGAUGCCGACGUGGGUCCUGGGCGCAUUCAUUUGCAAAUUCAUCCACUAUUUCUUCACUGUGUCCAUGCUGGUGAGCAUCUUCACUCUGUCUGCUAUGUCCGUGGACCGGUACAUUGCCAUCGUGCAUUCCAGAAAGUCCUCCUCUAUCCGGAUCGCCAAGCAUGCUUUGAUCGGAGUGGUGGUGAUCUGGAUACUCUCCCUGGCCAUGGCUGCGCCUAUCAUGUAUUACCAGAACAUCUUUCACAGGGGAGAGAAUUACACCUUUUGCUGGGAAUCGUGGCCAGAUCGAAACCAGAAGAAAAUCUAUGUCGUGUGCAUGUUUGUUUUUGGUUAUGUUUUGCCCCUGCUGCUGAUUACCUUCUGUUAUGCAAAGGUUUUAAAUCACUUGCACAAAAAACUCAGAAAUAUGUCCAAAAAGUCAGAGGCAUCAAAGAAAAAGACUGCUCAGACUGUCCUGGUGGUGGUGGUGGUGUUUUGCCUUUCUUGGCUCCCUCAUCACAUCGUUUACCUCUGGGUGGAGUUUGGGACCUUCCCACUGAACCAGGCCUCCUUUGUGCUACGGAUCGCCGCCCACUGCCUGGCUUACAGCAACUCAUCUGUCAACCCGGUCAUCUACGCCUUCCUGUCAGAAAACUUCCGGAAGGCUUACAAGCAGGUGUUCAAAUGUCAGAUUGGUACCAGUGACUCCCCGCUCAACGAUAUCAAGGAGAUUCGCAGCAAAGCAGAAACGCCACCCUCGACUAACUACACCAACGUCUGACUGACAAGGUGUGGAUGGUGACAUGAAAAUAAUUUGUGGCGAAUGUCACACUGAAACUGAAAUGUAAAAGCAUAGUGGCAGAGCCGUCAUGAGUGACGUGAGUGGGUGUGUGGAUUUUUUUGACGUAGGAUGUAUGGUUGCUUUGACAUUGCUGCCGCUGCACUGUUCCACAUAAGCGCUGUUCAUCAUACCAGGACCAGAGGAAGCCACUGUGGCUGCAUGAUUACACCAUCUUUGAUCACUCUGUUUCCUGCAUCUCUUCUUUCAUAAUAAAAAACAGUGGAGUCUGAAACUCAGGAAAAUGAUCCUCUCUCUAAAGUGAGACUUGUUUAGAUUGUAGACAUUAUUUACAUAUGUCACACCAUUGGAUAUUUAAACCAGUACAUUAGAAAAAAUUUGGAAAAUGUACUUUCAGACUCGAAACCAAUAAAAAAAAAACAAACACAAACACAAACACAUCACAAUUACUUCAUAACCUGCCGAAGUAAAACCUGUUUGUCUUUACUGUCUAAAGAGCAGUGUUGGGCAUUGCUUAGUAACAUUUCACAAAAUGUUCUUAUUACUUGUACUUAUUAUACUUAUUACUUCUACUUGGGACAUGCUAGCUUGGUUAACUUGAGGUAGAGGAGGUCUGACACUAUGUUAUGCUGAUCGUUGUGGGCACUGCCAAUCGCUGUUGACCUCUCCUUAAAAAGAGCCUGAAAAAAAUGGACAAGACACGUACUUAUGUCUCUAAAUUUAUAGAAGGCUACAAUAACUAAUUGGCCUCUUCAAGACCAAGACCUUUGUAAUUAUCUUUGCUUGGUGAAAUAUAAGCAUGCAGAUGCAGCUACAAGGUUUGUAAUCUCAGAACCCAUCUUCUAUCAUCUGAUGAUGAUUUCGCCUCUCAGGGCUAUGGCCAGUGUUUCUGGAAUUCACGUGUGGCUAGCAGAUAUCCAGAAAACAUCUGACAAAUAUCUGGGCCAAGACUUUGCCUGCAGUCCAAUUAGCAACUUGGUAUGUAAGAAUGACAAGAAAGACACAUUUUUGCUAAUCUCAAAAUAUAUCUGUGCAUGAUAUGAAUGCAGAUAACUAUAAAAGGAAAAAAAAAAAAGCAAAGUUAUUUUAGAUGAUAGCCAAUGGGUUCCGAGAUUGUGUUUCGGCCAAUGUGUGCUUGCUCUCAUUAUGGACGGUUGCAACUAAAGCCCGCUCAAACAUGAUUGGUCAAUGCAAACGAAAACUUGAGCACGUUCAGUGUCAAAUUCUUGGUUCUACAGUUUCUAGAUUCAUAUACAGAUAUUAAUUUAUAAAGAAUAUCUGUUUGAGUCUUUGAAACAUAGCGACAUACUGCUAACAACAGUACCAUUUUAGGCUUUUUAAAUCUGCCUUUAUUUUUGUACAACUUGCAUUAGUCUGAAAGCAAAAUUAAAGCUAGCUUUACACUACAUAAUAUCUUAAUGAAACCGGCAUCUGAAAUACAGCAAAGACACCGGGGCUAAGAUAGCUGUUGAUAGUGCUGAUUCAAACAACUUACCCAACACUGCUGACAAAAAGUCACCACUGUAGAUAAUAAUAAUAAAAAAACAUUGUCAUUGCACUCAGUGUAACUAAAACUUGUAUUUUAAAUAGAUCUGAUUGUAAAUAUUAUAGCCUGUAAAAGCCUCACUAUUUUUGGUUGUUAUGUUUUCAGUUUGUAUUGUGCUGUAUGAAUGAGCUAGGCUGUAAGACAUAUAAAGCGUGCUGCUUGUUUUGUACCCUUUCUAACCACAAAAACAAUCUAACAGAACAUCCUGUGGAAAUGAAGAACUCUGAUGUUGUCUGCCAUAUGUAUGUGACGUGCCAAGCCUUCAUACAGCAGCUUUACCUCAUCAUUAAAACUAAACAAUAUGAGAACUUUAACUUGGACCUACAGUAUUGCAAAGUAUUUCAUGUACAUCUUUGGAAGUAGGACUUGUAAGAAUGUGUCACAUCAGUUAUUCUGAUUUGAACUGAAAAGAAUCUGAUUAUACAGUCAUUUAGGUUUCUCAUCCUAAGGUUAGACAACCUGUGUGUCAUGGAGGGGAGCUGCAAGUUUUUUUCUGCAGAGGCUGAUAUGACUGAUUAACACAAACUUCAACCAGAGAGGACGAACUAAUCAGUGUAAUCAGCAGACCCUCAUCCUCUCUGUCAGCGAGGAUCUCAGAUGUGAGACAAAGAUUAAAGAAGAGGAGGUUCCGUUGAUGACUUUGCUCGCUAAAGCACUGACUUGGUGAGAUUAUCAUGGACACAUGUGUUGUGAAAGAUGGGAAUUUCUGUGGCAAAGAGGCUGAUGUGGAACACGGAUUGCUUCAACAUACUCAUAUAAAGAGCACAUGAACAAAAGUAUAUAUUUUCAUCAAAAUAUACAAAGUUUAACACUUUAGAUUACAGCCCACAAAUUACAGUGUAAUUAUUUAUCACAUACCAGGUACUGCAUACUGACACAAAUAUGGGGUACAACUUUGUGUUUGAAUUGAGUGCAGUAAAAUUAUAACUAUUUCACAAGGCAGAAAAAAUUAAGUGAAAUUACAGUGUGAAAAGUUUAGAAUUAUGGAGGUUAUUAACCUACAUUAUGGUUGUUGCUGGGGAAACAAUAGCCUAAAUU